AUGGGCUUUUAUGAUGACCGUUCCCGUGGUCCUCACAUUGGGACUAUCAUUACAUGGAUACUAUCUUUUCACCUUACUUAUACGAUAAGUUCAAGUUUAAGUGGCUCAAAUUUUUUGCCUAACUCGAACCUGAGAACGAGUUCAAAGUUCCCGAAAAACACGACAUCCUUGCCGGUUAGAACUGCUUUUGCCGGAUCAGUGAAAGUGAAUUCACCGACGUUGGUGCUCAAUGCAGCCCAUGUGGUUACGAGUGUACCGCAAAUUAGGAGGUUUGAUUGGGCCGUAGCGAAAAAGACGGCAGCCUUCGAUGGGUUCAAAAGGAGCGUUUUUGUAAUUAACAAUCAAUUUCCAGGACCACUGAUUGAGGCGAAUGAGGCAUUUACCAAAGGGGUACCCAAUGGGGUCGUGGAUUGUUUUGUUAACCUCUUUGACAUACUUUUCCAAUUCAUAUCAAUGGAUGAUUCCUUGAAACUCGCCAAGGCACACUAUGGCGCCUUAUUGGCCGAUGGUAUUUCUGGCCCAUUGAUCAUCCACAGUCCACGAGAUCCUCUGGUUCGAGGCAAAGACUUCGAUAAUGACCAGAUUCUUUUUUUGAAUGAUUGGUACCACGACCCAAGCACCACCAUCACACGUCAACUCUUAUCAUUCAAAGGAUAUAACGGAUCCUUAGCAGCCCCUUCCCCAAAUACCGCUUUAUUAAAUGGAAUAGGCUUCUUUAACUGUGAAAAGUAUGGCGAUGGAAAGCCAUGCCAAACGAACAACAGCCCUCUAGAAAUCCAGGUACCCCCCAGACAAAGGUCUAGGAUACGAUUGAUCCAAGCAGGAUCGCAUGCUUUAUUUAAGGUUUCAAUCGAUAACCAUCCAUUGGAGAUUAUUGAAGCGGAUGCUACCCCAGUUAGCAGUUCAACGCUCUUCCAUAGAAUCAACCUGCAUAACGCGGAAAGGUAUAGUGUUAUAUUAGAUACUCGAGAAGACAGAGAAGGCGAUUCGUUCUACUUAAGGGCCACAAUGGACACCGAUUGUUUUGCUUGGCUCGCUCCGGGAAUGGAUACUGCCGAGGGAAACACGGCCUUGGCCAUAAUACGAGUAUCUUCCAAGCCUCUGAAAAGUGGCAGAGCUCGUUCUGUAGCUGCCAGACCAACUACCCUGGAUUGGAAGGACACAUUGAAUGGGCCAUGCAUUGACUUGGAUCAGACAAAACUUUCUCCAAGAAUCAAUCCUAAAUUGAAGACGAAUUCACUCGGAAGAGUUUACUUCAACACAAGCUUUGGUACUAUUAUUGAUAAAUCACUCAAGGUUCCUAAUAAUACAUUGGGAAGAUUCUUUGUCGAUAACACUACGUGGAUUUCUCGCGAUUCAAAACCACUCCUUCCUGAGCUGCUGAGGGGAGGAAGUAAAUCCUUGGAUAGCUCUGAGGUUGCUACGCAGACCAUAACACGGCCGGGAAUUUAUGACGUGGUAGUGAACAAUUUGGACCAGGCAAUUGAUCAUCCGAUCCAUCUGCAUGGUGUUGACUCAUGUGUAGUUGCCUCGGGGAAUGGUACAUUGAGUGAAUCAAACCUACAGUUGGCCCAUUAUGAACUAGAUAAUCCACUAUGUCGAGAUGUCCAUGUGGUACCUGGGGGAACCUUUCUAGUUAUGCGAAUAAGGGCUGACAACCCUGGAAUAUGGAUUAUUCAUUGUCACAUUGACUGGCAUUUGGCUGCCGGUUUUGCAGGAAUGCUAGUGAUACAGCCAGAUGUCCUGGAGCAAACUGUAUUGCCUCAAGAAAACCAAGGUCUCUGUCUCAAAGGUGGAAAAAAAAUCUAAAAUUCUGAGGAGGUUUAAGGGAAAGAAUUUAUAAACCAAA